AUGCCACAAGUGGAUCUUGAAACCAUAGUUUCAGUCUGUGGCGGAGGCAAUGACCGGAAAAUAGCUUGCGAAACUCUAGCCGACGGCGACAAUCUGCGGGAGAACCCAGAUCUCACCGAAGUUCCUCCUGAUUUCCCUCCAGAAUCGUUUUGGCUAUCCAAAGAUCAAUUCUCUUUGAAUCUAAAGUCCAAGGCUUCGCUUAUUGGAUUGUCGAAGACACAGAAAGCUAGUUAUGAUAUUAGUAAGAAUGCUUACAAGCGGUCUGAUAUGAGAUUGAUGAUGCGGCGGUCAACGGCGAGGCCGAGGGACAAAAGUGGCUUGAAUGAAAACCUUCCUUCACCAUGA